UCCUCCUGGCUCACUGUUCCGAGACAUUUGAGAGAUCCUUUUGCCCGUGGUCUGACAGAGAGAACUUGCCUGGUCCUUGGAACAAGAUUAUGUUUGGUUGCUGAGGCGGUGAAGAGGCCAGAAUGCAAAGCAUAAAGUGCGUGGUAGUGGGGGAUGGUGCCGUGGGGAAGACCUGCCUCCUGAUCUCCUACACCACCAACGCCUUCCCCAAAGAGUACAUCCCCACCGUCUUCGACAACUACAGCGCCCAGGUGACCGUUGACGGCAGGACAGUUAGCCUAAACCUGUGGGACACGGCCGGCCAGGAAGAGUAUGACCGCCUGCGCACCCUCUCCUACCCGCAGACCAACGUCUUCGUCAUCUGCUUCUCCAUAGCCAGCCCGCCCUCCUACGAGAACGUCAAGCACAAGUGGCACCCGGAGGUCACCCACCACUGCCCCAAUGUGCCCAUCCUGCUGGUGGGCACCAAGAAGGACCUGCGCAACGACUCGGAGGUGCUGAAGAAGCUCAAAGAGCAGAACCAGACCACCAUCACCCAGCAGCAGGGGUCGGCGCUGGCGCGGCACAUCCAUGCCAUCAAGUACCUGGAGUGCUCCGCCCUCAACCAGGAUGGCAUCAAGGAGGUGUUCGCCGAUGCGGUCCGCGCUUUUCUAAACCCGCAGCCCACUGAUAGAAAGAAACCCUGCGUGCUUUUGUAGGAAGAGACUGUUAAUACAAUAAUAGAAUAAAUUUUUUUAAAUAGCAGUGUAAUUAAAUUUAUAUAAAACCACAGAGGGAUUUCCUUUUUUUUUUUUUUAUAUGGCAGUGCUCUUCAUACAAUUAUGGGCCAGUUGGCGUGAAGAGGAAUUUUGUUCCCUUUUUUUUUUUUUUAAUUCGGUCAAGGUCAAUACAGGGGGCGAGAAGGUGAGAAGGCUAAUCGGCUGCGAAGAUGCCAGAGAGUUUCGGGAACUUGAAUCCAUCCUACAGUGUGAUGUGAAGUGAGGUCACUGGUCUUCUGAGAAAUCCCGGAACCCAGAAGCAAAUCUUUUCCCCUUUGUUCGUUGAAUCUAUGCAUUCAUCUGCUGCCUCUUUUGUAUUAUCGCUUUACUCUUGCAUUCUUACUUAAAGGUGCUUACACACUUCAGCCAUUUUGAGUACUGAGAUGGAAGACUGUGCCUUGCGCUGCAAAACUCACCCCUCCUAGUGUGAAGAUGAAGAACAUUUCUGUCAUGCUUUUCAAUCUGACUUUAGCAGGGCUCUGAUUCUCAGCUGGGAGGGCUCUCCACUCUUGCCUUUGCAGGCUAACGCUAUCAUCAAGUCCAAAUAGAAGUGCCUGGCCUCAUCAUCGCUGUUGACUAAUUUAAAGGGAAGUGUAACGUUAACGAGGUUGACCCAAAUCACUACCUGGUCGUGGUGCUGUGACCCUCUGACAUUCAUCACAUAGCUGUCCUGUGCUCCAGCUGCCUCUGGCCGAUAGAAGGGAAGUGUUUCCAAAUCUCUCGCAGGCAGCUUCCUUCCUAAGUGAAGUCGGGCAAAGUUUCCAAUGUCCCGCCUUAGCUGUAGGUCAUGAAUACCUGAGGCCAGCCAGAGGUGCUUGCAGCCUUUUGGCCAACCCCACAUACCACAGCAUGUCCAGCCUGAGCCCAGGCAAAUGAAGCAGUAGGUGUGUUUAUCCUGUGUAAAAAAAAAAAACAUAGCAAGAGGGUAUUCCAUUCUCCCAUGCUUUCUGCUAGCUAGGCUGCCGUCAUGGUUUUGUUUGGAUAUCAGCUGCCACACUCUGUUGUAAUAAAGUGGCACAUAUUCAGUUAAGGCAGGUCAGUGAAGACUAGGCUGGGAAGGCCCAUCUGUGAAGACAUGGUUUUGAACGUGGAUUCAGGCACACAUCAGUUAUCCCCAUGUAGCUGUAUAAGCAGGAUGCAUCACUUUUAUUUACGCAGCUCAUAGAUUCAGUCAUUUUCACUGAAAACAGAUACAUCUUAAUCUUAGUUUGACAUAGCUUUUCCACACCCCUUCAUUUGUUUAAUCUGAACAAAAAUGUGCACAUAUUGUCAUUAAUUCCAAUUUUGAUCAGGGUUUGCCAGGGGUCGAAUUAUAAUUAUUUCUGCUUUCCAUAGAUCCUGCACUACUGUUUGCAAACACAGGGGUCAGAUGUGUAUCUGAUCAGUCCUGAUAGGUGGGAAGUGUUGCCUCCUACAGCCAUAUCUUACAUCAUCUGGGUGGAGCCAGUUCCACUUCACAGAUUCCAGAUUCCUCUUCUGAUUUAGGGAAACCCUAAAUGCUCCCUUACCUUUUCCCAAGCUUAGACACUGUUGAAGUUCAUCUGAAAGACUUGUUUGUACAAUUAUAAAAAUGGAUGCUACUUAUCAUUUAAGUGUGAAUUGUUUUAAAUGGAAUUUGCAAACAGAUAAAUAGAACAGUAAAGAAAUG